CACAGAACCCCCCCCUUCACCCCCGGACAGACCUUUAGAAGACGCGCCCCUCACAUAAGAGCGGCUGAUAUAAAUACCAACAUCGCUCGCUGAAACCAGAAGCCGGGGACUUUUAAAUAUCAACCAAAUGCUUCUUUAGUUGAGUUUGAAGCUAAGUUAUAAGAGGAUAUUGAUUUUAAAUAGAGAAGUUGGAUAAGGAAAACGGCUGACGCUUUAUGUAUUGGAAACUUCCAAAUACAAUUACGGAUUUGGUUUAACCUGAAUUGUCAGUCGUUUUUUUGCCGUUCAUUUAUUCUUUUAUUAAUUUGCUGUUUUUAACGGAGCGUCUUUGCUUCCUGAUCUUUUUACCUGGAUUAAAAAUACCGAAGAAGCAUAAGGGAAGAAAAAGGAUGCUGUUCGUAGUGAUCGGCUUCCUGCUGACCCAUUGCUGCUGGAGUCAUGCGGAGAGGGGUGUCUGCAAUACCUGGGUGACCCCCCGUGGGACGAACAACGUGUGCUGUACGGAAUGUAUUGAGGGUUAUCGGAUCUUCCAGGACUGUGGCCCGGUGCUGGACAAACUUUGUGUCCCCUGUGAGAAUGGCACAUUCACCCUGGACCCUUCAAAGAACGCAUGUACCAAGUGUAGACAGUGUGGAGGUGUUCAACACACCGUGGAGGCGUGCACCAGAACCAAGGAAACACAGUGUGGCUGCCCGGACCCUCUGCUGUGUAACGACCAGCACUGCUCCAUCUGCGUCCCGCAGUGUGGGAGAGGCCGUGGACCCCAAGGAGGCUACUGCAGGCCGUGUCCAACUGGGACCUUUAACAACCAGAACAACCAGAAGUGUAUCCCCUGGAGAAACAUAAAGUGCACCCACCCAUAUGAAUCCAUGAUCAAGGGUGAUGCGUAUACUGACAGCAGAUGCGUUUCUCACGCAACAAUCACCGCAACAAUGACGACUACGACACAAAGACAUAAAGAGAGUAAUGCAGAAAAAGACACGAUGCUGACCUGGUGGUUAGUCAUAACCGUCAGCUGUGUGGUUCUGCUCAUUCCCCUCAUACUGAUGCUCAGAGUCUUAACCAAAUUAAAAGCAAAGAAGGGCCAAACAAUGGCCAAAAAGCCACCUUUCAUCACGACGCCGACCGAUGAGCCAAGGACUCUCAUGGCCGUCGAGUGCAGCUUCCACGAGCCCGAGCAGGUGAGCAGCUCAGAGUCCCUGGCCUCCGAGAACUCAGAGGGCUCCACGCACAAGCUCAUUGUGUGAAUUGCCCAGGCCCUGGACCCCUCUGGGACGCCAAAGAAUUGUUGGAUCAACGAGCAGAUCCCCCCGGAGCUGCCGUUGAUACCUUGGACUGGAAGACGAGCCGUCCGUUCACACAGCCACGGCUGGAGGAGCCUCGCCUAUUACUGUGUAAUUCGGGCUGUGGCAAUCCUUUGUUAAACAGGGUUAUAGAGGAACACAGAUUCACAAGUUCUCUGCUUGCCAUGUGAGGCUGGACUAAGUGUAUAAAAUGUGUCUGUAAUAUAGCCCAGCGGACUUUAAAUAUCCCUUGGUUUACAUCAUACUGUUUUUCGGACAUAGAUUCGCUGUAAUUUUAGAUGCUUUCGAUGUAGGCCUACAUUCUUCAGAGUAGUGAAAUCUGGAUGAAGAAUAAGGUUACUGAAGCUCAUUGUGUUUCCAUCUGCUAGUCAGUUGAAACGGAUUAUGUUACGGAAAUCUUUAUACCUGUUGGACAUUUUUGUGUUAUUAUCAAUUGUAAAUACGUUUUUUGUAAUGUAAAUAGGAUGGAAUUGCUUUUUUAAGUCGAGGUUACAAUUUCGUUCAGUUACAAAACAACUGCACUUAGUGAACUGAGUUAAAGGUGAUUAACUAUCUUAAAAGGAAAAUAAAAUGGUUGAACAUCCAUUUUGUAAAUGUUCUAGCAAAUGAGUGUUAACAUGCAAUGUUGACAAAUUUUUAUGGAGUUUUGAAUGAACAACGCAGUGGUUUCCUGGUAAGUGCGGACUCGUCACAGUGUGGGCAUUGUAUUUAUAAGGUCAUCAUGGUUUGCUAUUUAUGAAUAAAGGUUUCUGUAAAGCAUAUCGCUAGAAAUACUGCCUACUACUUUCCUUGAAGCAAAAUUAUGACUCAUUCUCUGAAACGGCGGUGACAAAUACAUUAACAAUCAGUGACUCAUCAGAUGAUGGUUUCACUGUGUUGGUAGAGUAGUUUUAUUAUUAUUGUAGAAAGGUGGAGUCCUGCAGUUUAACAGUUAUUGAAACCCUUAAUGUCUGACGUAGAAAAAGAUUAUUGGAUUGAUAGUAAAAAACUAGAAUAGUCUGUCUUUCCCAAACAGAUGUCACCACUCUCACGUUACCAAUUCCUGCAUCGGUAAUCAAGUAAUUGUUUAUUCCUUAUCUCUAUGGAAUUUCCUGUUUGUUUUCCAGUAGGUG